AGGAAUGGACGUUUAUGGUGGGGAAAACAUAGAGCUUGGUAUUAAGGUGUGGCUCUGCGGCGGUAGCAUGGAAGUCCUCCCCUGCUCUCGAGUCGCACACAUUGAACGCAAGAAGAAGCCGUACAACAACAACAUUGGCUUCUACACGAAAAGGAAUGCACUGCGGGUGGCUGAGGUGUGGAUGGAUGAUUACAAAUCGCACGUGUACAUUGCGUGGAACUUGCCUCUGGAGAACCCAGGAAUUGAUAUUGGGGAUGUUUCUGAGAGAAAAGCGCUAAGGAAAAGUUUGAAAUGCAAGAACUUCCAGUGGUACUUGGACCACGUCUACCCAGAAAUGAGGCGAUACAACAACACCGUUGCAUAUGGGGAGCUCCGCAACAACAAAGUGAAAGACGUUUGCCUGGACCAAGGACCGCAGGAAAACCACACAGCAAUCCUGUAUCCAUGCCAUGGGUGGGGCCCUCAGCUUGCCCGCUACACCAAAGAAGGCUUUCUUCAUUUGGGUGCUCUUGGGACCACAAUUCUCCUGCCCGAUACCCGAUGCCUGGUGGACAACAUGAAAAGCCAUUCCCCUCAACUCCUCGAUUGUGAGAAAGUCAAGAGCAGUCUCCAUAAGCGCUGGAAUUUCAUACAGAAUGGUGCGAUUAUCAAUAAAGGGACCGGACGGUGUUUGGAAGUUGAGAAUAAAGGCUUGUCGGGUAUGGAUCUUAUCCUCCGCAGCUGCACAGGACAAAGAUGGACAAUUAAAAAUUUCAUCAAGUAGAAAGCUCACCCUUUGCUGAUGAACUAAUGAAACGGAACUCUCACAAGGGACACUUCAAAAUUAACCCUCUGCCCUAUUCACAUG